AUGGCAAGUGCUUAUCUCGACCGGCAUAUAUCCUAUUGGCAGCACAACAUGCCACGGACCAGGCGUUGUUGCACGUUUGGGGCAAUCGACAAGGCUAUUAGCAAGCAAGCAAGUGCUGCCGCAUCAUCUCGACCACAAGUGCUUACCCAUCAAGGGCUAUCCGGGCCUGUUACGCAGAUUCGAGGCAGUGCAAGCGGGGUUGAUGCAUGCCACGGGAUGCCCCGGCCUUAUCACCAGAAUAGCACCGGGAGCCUGCUCCCAGAUCUUCGUACGGAAAUGCAGGAUGACCCUGACGUAGCUCCGAAAUACGGUUAUCACCCGACCAAGAUGACCAAUGGCCCCUAUGCGCGAUAUACCCACCGGUGCCUCACGGGGCGUUGCGACUCGCCACCGUUGGCUCAAGGUUUCGUGUUGAGAUUUCAAACCCACCAAAGAAGGGAAUUCCGUGACCGGGUUGGGCGAUCGGGAGAUGGGAGGCACGCGGCUCCGCAGUCUAUCCAAUUGCCAACUCCGAAGGGGGCAAAAAGAGGUGUGCCGUUUCUACGAAGUAGUGGUAGUAGUGAUAGUAUUAAGUCAGUCAGUCGCACGGCUCACUCGAAUGCAGCCUUGCCCAGGUUGUUCCCUGGUAACGCGCCGAAAAAGAACUUUCAUUCCCACUUGAGGCUCUCCCUCCCCCAAUUCAAACUAAUCGUCUCAUCAUCCCCCGUUUUGGGUUUACCGCUUGACCGCCCCUCUCCUCGUCAAGCUAGCUGAAAUGUGAGUCGCUGCUGAUGCCUGUCUCGCGGACUGUCGCACUGUGCCGCUUGGACUAUCUCCUACGGAAUAGCUAGGCUUAUGAUCCAUUCCUCCUCCUGCCUCUCCGAUGGUAUGCUUCCCGCGUCCCUGAGGACCAAUGAUGUUGCUUCUCGGACCCAAUAUCCCACUUUUCUUUCCAUUCUUUCGCCCCUCCGGCGUAUCCAAUGUAAAGCUUACUCUGGAACAACAGAGCCGCAUCAUGAAGUCUACUAGUUAAACCAUGGCAGCUGUUCAACAGCUCUCCUAUCCAGUCGCAUCCAUGUGUCCAGUGCAUGGCUGUUUGUUGUCUAAAGUGUUGUCCCACUAAACCUUAUUUUCUUUCAAUGUGGAUCGCUGUAUUCCCUACCAACACUCUCUGUAUACUAUCUGGCCGCCUCCGAUCAACAGUGAAUACAAGUACCAACAUUCACGUU